GGCCGAGGUGUCGACAGCGCGCAGUGUCUGGGGCGAUAUCUCAAAGCUGUCGUCUCCUUCAAUCCCUGUGGAUCAUCCGGUCCUUGGAGACGACACUCCACUGCCGCCACAAACGCCACCUGCGUCUCAUGGUUGGACCGUAGGUAGAACAACCACAAACCAUGGCUGUUUCCUUGAACUCGGUCGUGGGUUUCGGCUCCCAGGUGCAGGUAAGGAGCCGGCAGGUGUCUACUUCUUAUCUGAAAGGUUCUGAAUUCAAGCAAAACAGCUUUCUCUCCCAUUUGAGUAUGCCUCGCUUAGGCAAAGCACGUCGGGAACUGCAUCUUUCAGUUGCAGAGAGUGACCAAUUUUCCAUAGACUCUGCAGUUAGGAAUUCUGGUGAUGCUGAGAAAUCAGUUUCUGAAAUUGGUGUCGAGAGCUCCAGGGACAUUACAUCUGAAACUUCCAGUGGACCAGUCCCUAAUUCAAAUCCAGACCAGGAUCAGUCAUUGAAUGCCAAGUCGCAAUCUACACCAAAAAGAUCGCCCUUAACUGCGCGAGAGAGACUAAGGGCAGCCCGAGUUCUGAGCCGAUACUCUGAAGCAAAGACAUUGAAAUCAGAAAUGGGUAGCAAAGUAUUGGAUGCUCUAAAAGAGAGUGAUCGUGGGAAGAGGAGAUCUGGGCUUCCAGAAGCCCCUACUAACAUGUUUGAUGACAGCAAGCGUGGAAUGCCUAAGAAGGGCUUGACAUUCCAGUUUCCAGGUGGUGUUGAUUUGUUUGUCGUCGCCUUCUCGUUUGUGUUUAUCAGCACAGUGAUGUUCGCAACGACUUACCUUGUGUGGAAAGUUGGAGCCAUCCAUUUUAAUGAGUACUAAGGUGGCGGAAAAUAGGAUUUUGGAUUUGUGAGCACGUGGAAGUGGAGAACUAUCCCAGUUGUAGAACUAUCCCAGUUGUAGGCACUUGAAAUGCUUCUGUGGAUUGAACAUUCCCACUUAUGGAUUAGAAAUUGCUUGGUUGAACCUUAUGUAGCCUCUGCUAUGUAGAUUAAUGCAUUUAAAUUACUAGCUUGAAUCUAGAUAAAUAGAAAAAACUUAGUUAUAUACUUCAAAUAGUUUGAAUGUGCUCCUAGUGUAUUCUUUUUCUGGUUCUCUGUUGUGAUAUAUCAACAAUGAUCGCUUCUGGGAUGAGCCCAGCAGUUGUUAGCUGCUCUU